AUGGAAGAGGCUCAAGAAAACAUGGCAUACCUUCUCGACCCGCUCUCUUCCUUGGCAACGUACAGUGCUACUGAUCGCCGGCCCACUGGCGAUCUUGCUUUUCACUAUUGGUCACGUAGUGCUAUGCAAGAAAGCAGUUGGGCCAUACUCAGGGUGUGUGAUUACCUGCGACAUGGCGUUCCGUUGGCCAAAAAUAGUCAAGAAGCGGCCUUUUGCUAUCGGAAGCAAGCAAGGAAAGAAAAUUUUUAUUACUUUUUUGGACCAUCUGAACGCUUUGCCAGCCUGCGUCUGGCCGAGUUGUACGAAACAGGACUCGAUGGAGUUCUACAUCCGGACUUUCUCGCCUCCAUACGCAUGUAUGACUGGGUGUGGAGCAGGAUGGAAAAGUCUGGGCAGAACUCUUUCCUGAGCUUCGUGGUAUGGAUGCAAUUUCGUGUGUAUCUAAGGGCUAUAAUGGCUAUGCUUCAUGGCGAUAUAUCGGCUCGCCAGUUUUUGCUCAGGUCCUUGACUCCCCAAAUGCGCCUUCCGCCAUGGAUGGUGUUAUUCAGUUUUAGUGUCUCACACGACACGAUGCUCGCUCUGGUGGGCUUGACAGCUCUAUGUAUCCUUGCCGUCAUCCGCUACCAGCUUCGUCGGCGCAUGAUCAAUCUCCACGCACAGCAUGGGCAGGCACAACGAUGA